AUUUACGUAAUAAGUAGAUAUUUGAAGCGAAGUUCGUGCAAAAGAUUAUUGCGUUAAUAUUAUUAAAGCACAUAUCAAUGGCCACAACAACUAAGGUUAGCAAAAAUAUUUGCAAGCUCUUUGUUGGUAAUCUACCGUGGACCGUAGGUCAUCAGGAGUUAAAAAGCUAUUUUAAAGAGUUUGGCCGAGUAAUUACCGCUAACGUUAUCUUCAAUAAGAAAACCGGCUUCUCACGUGGUUACGGAUUUGUCACAUUUAACAAUCUAGCUCCCCUCGAAAAAAUCGAAAACGAACCAAAACAUAUACUUGAGGGCAAUUACUUGAACAUUCAAAAAACUUAAAAUUUAGACAGCA